CACAUUUAUUUUUAGCAGCCAAUUGAAGAUGAAGGAGGAGGGAAAAAAUACUGAAAAAAGAGGAAAGAAAAAAGGGGAAAAAAACCCGGGAUUUUGUCAAAGAGUCACCUUCGAGCUGCAGCGAUGUGGGGUGUGAGGAACCCGGGUGUGCUUCUGGCGCUGCUCCUGCUCCCAGGGCUCGGCGAGGGCUUCAGCCUCGACGCGCGGCGGGCGCGGAUUUUCCGGGGGCCACCGGAAUCCCAGUUUGGCUACCGGGUGCUGCAGCGGGGGGGAGAUGGGGACAAGUGGCUGCUGGUGGGGGCCCCGUGGGAUGGGGAUGGCCGAGGUGACAUCUACAAGUGCGACGUGGGACUCCAAAACUCCUCCUGUGCCAAGGCCAACCUCGGGGCCGCAGUUCCGUGGCUCAGGAGCAGCGCCGGCCACCUGGGGAUGACGCUGGUGGAGUCCAAGGAUGGGGGGUUUGUGGCGUGCGCCCCGCUUUGGUCCCAGGAAUGUGGCACCUCCACGUUCAGCUCCGGCCGCUGCGUCCGGCUCGACGAGGAGCUCCGGCCCGUGGGCACCAUCGCGCCCACAGCCCAGCGUUGUUCUACCUACAUGGACAUCGUCCUGGUUCUGGAUGGCUCCAACAGCAUCUACCCCUGGGAGGAGGUGCAGGCCUUCCUCGGCAACGUCCUGGCGCGCUUCUUCAUCGGCCCCGGGCAGACCCAGGUGGGGGUGCUGCAGUACGGGGAGCAGCCGGUGCAGGAGUGGGCGCUGGGGCAGCACCCCACGGCCCAGCGGCUGCUGGAGGCCGCGCGGAACCUGACGCGGCAGGAGGGGAAGGAGACCAGGACGGCCAUGGCCAUCAGGGAGGCAUGCACCCAGUCCUUCAGCCCGGCGCGGGGCGGGCGCCCGGGGGCCGCGCGGCUGCUGCUGGUGGUGACGGACGGGGAGUCCCACGACGGCGACGAGCUGCCCGCGGCGCUGGCCGAGUGCGACCGCCGCAACGUCACCCGCUACGCCAUCGCCGUGCUGGGGCAUUACCUGCGGCGCCAGCAGGAUCCCGAGGAUUUCAUCCGGGAGAUCAAAUCCAUCGCCAGCGAUCCCGAUGAGAAAUAUUUCUUCAAUGUCACGGAUGAGGCCGCCCUCAAUGACAUCGUGGACGCUCUGGGAGAUCGGAUCUUCAGCCUGGAAGGCACCCACGGCGACAACGAGAGCGCCUUCGAGCUGGAGAUGUCCCAGAUCGGCUUUUCCAUCCACCACCUCGAGGACGGGAUCCUCUUCGGGAUGGUCGGAGCCCACGGCUGGCAGGGGAGUGUGCUGGAGGAGAGGCGGCGGGGCCGCGUGGUUCCAGCCCGGGAGGCGUUCCAGGAGGAAUUCCCGCCGCAGCUGAAGGACCACGCGGCCUACCUGGGGUACUCGGUGUCCUCGCUGCAGCUCCCGGGGGGGCAGCGCCUGUUGGUGGCCGGUGCCCCCCGCUUCCAGCACAAGGGCAAGGUCGUCCUCUUCCAGCUGGACCCCACGGGCGGCGUGACGGUGGCCCAGGCACUGGAGGGCGAGCAGAUCGGCUCCUACUUCGGCAGCGAGGUGCUGGCCCUGGACCUGGAGGGAGAUGGGGACAGCGAGCUGCUGCUGGUGGCAGCGCCCACCUACCUGGGGGGCCAGAGCAGGGAGAUGGGCAGGGUCUAUGUGUACCGUGUGGGGCAGGACCGCCUGAGCCCCGCGGGGUCGCUGCUCCCCGAGCCGAGCCCGCAGGAUUCCCGGUUCGGUUCCGCCCUGGGCGCGGUGCCCGAGCUGGGCCAGGACGGGCUGGCCGGGGCCGUGGUGGGGGCUCCGCUGGAGGAUGAGCACCGUGGGGCUCUCUACGUGUUCCACACAGCCCCAGGCUCGCUCCUGCCCCGCUGCAAGCAGCGCAUCGAGGCGGCGGCGCUGGGCUGGAGCCUCCGGUACUUCGGGAUCAGCGUGGACGGACGGGUGGACAUGGACGGGGACGGGCUGGUGGACGUGGCCGUGGGGGCACAGGGGGCGGCCGUGCUGCUGCGGUCCCGCUGGAUUGUCCAGGUGUCCGCGGGGGUGUCGGUGGAGCCGGCGGCCGUCAGUGUCACCCGGCGGAACUGCCGCCGCGGCGGCUCCGGUGCCGUCUGCCUCCGUGCCAGGAUCUGCUUCCGCGGCCGGAGCCGCGCGCGGAGCGGCCCCGGGGACGUGGAUCUGGAUCUCCGGUACAACGUGUCCCUGGAGGAGGAGCGGAUCCCGGGAUCCCGAGCCGCCUUUGACUCCGGCGGCCGCCGGCUGCUGCAGCGCCGCACGGAGCUGCGGUUGGGCGGGCAGAGCUGCACCCGCGUCCCCUUCCACGUCCUGGACACCUCGGAUUACCUGCGGCCCCUCAGCCUCAGCCUCACCUGGGCGCUGGAUGCGGCUGCGAGGGCGGUGCUGGAUGAGGCGUCUCCCACCAGCGUCCGCAAACUGAUCCCGUUUUUCAAAGAUUGCGGGGACGACGACGAGUGCGUCGCCGACCUGGUGCUCAAGGCCACCACGGACAUCGUGGGCUCCAGGCACAGCCCCCACGUCGUGCGGAAGGGCCGGAGGCGGAUGCUGGUGGAGGUGGAGCUGGAGAACCGGGGGGAGAACGCCUACAACGCCAGCCUGUGGCUGCACCUGCCCGGGAACCUGCACUUCUCCAGCCUUGUGCUCCAGGAUCCCAGCUCGGUCAAGCUGGAGUGCUCAGCCCUGGGGGGACACCGCCGGCGCUGCAGCGUGGGCUACCCCGUCUUCCGCUCACAGGCCAAGGUGUCCUUCACCCUGGAGCUGGAGUUCAGCUGCUCCGUCCUGCUGGACCGCGCCGAGGUCACGCUCAGGGCCACCAGUGACAGCGCCGAGGCCACGCCAGAGGACAACACGGUCAAGGUGUCGGUGCCCGUCCGCUACGAGGCCAACCCGUUCCUGUCCAGUGCCACCAGCCCCCAUCGCUACGAGCUGCCCCCCCCGGGCACCUCCACCCCCAGCCCCGAGUUCAUCACCAGGCUCAAGGUGCAGAAUUUGGGGUGCUUCCCCCUGCAGAACGUCACCCUGCGCGUGGCCCUGCCGGCGCUGGCUGUCACCCGGGUCCUGGCGGAGAACGCCACCUGCGGGCUGAGCCCCCCCGAUGGGGGCACCCCCAAAGUGCCCCCGGUGCCCCCCGAGGAUCUGCGGCACAGCGAGAGGCUGGACUGCUCCAACUCUCGCUGCCGGGAGCUGCGCUGUGCCCUGGCGGGGCUGGAGCGCGGCGCGGCCGCGUCCGUCGAGCUCCGGCGGAGCCUCCGCGGGGCCGCCCUGGGCCCGGUGAAAUUCCGGAGCCUGAGGCUCGUCAGCAGCGUCUGCCUGGGGGUGGUGGGGGAGCUGCUGCUGCUGGAGGAGGGGGCGCAGUGCCGGGAGCUGGAGCUGGAGCUGCUCCGGGCCCGGCCGGUGCCGGUGUCCCUGUGGAUCCUGGGGGGCAGCGCCCUGGGGGGGCUCCUGCUGCUGGCCCUGCUCAGCCUCGGCCUCUGGAGGAUGGGAUUUUUCUCCCGCCCGAAGCCCCCCCGGGAGGAGGAGGAGGAGGAGGAGGAGGAUGAAGAGCGCUGAGGUGGCCGAGGACGUCCCAGCCCCUUCCCCCCGGGACAUUCCGGGAUUUGGGAUUGGGGAAGGGACGAGGGAACGACGCUGGAGCCCCGAGGAUGGAGCUGGGAGUGGGAAAAGUGGGAAUGAACUGGAAAAUCAAUCAAUAAAAUAAAAUAAAAUAAAAUAA